AUGUCGACGGCAGAUGAAGAAGCGCGCAAGAUAGCGAUCGAAUACGCUUCCGGUGCGGUGCUUCCGAUGGUGGUGAAAGCCGCCAUCGAGCUCGAUCUCUUCCAGCUCAUCCACAAUGCUGGCCGCAUUUCGGCAGCUGAGCUCGCCGCUCAGCUUCCCACGACCAACCCCGGUGCUGCGGCCACGCUCGAAAAAAUCCUCCGCCUCCUCACCGGCCACUCCAUCCUGAGCUGCGAAGGCGGAGACGAGCGGCGCUACGCUCUGUCGCCCGUCGGGAAGUUCUUCAUCAAGAAUGAAGAAGUCGGGUCGUGCUGCGCUGCUUCUUUGAUGACCCAAGAUAAGGUGCUCAUGGAGAGCUGGUAUCAUUUAAAAGAUGCGGUGUUGGAGGGUGGAAUUCCUUUUGAGAGAGCACAUGGAAUGAGUAUAUUUCAGUAUGCAUCUAAGGAGCCAAGAUUAAGCAAGGUUAUAAACCAGGCUAUGGCUGAAUCUGUUUUUAUGUACAAGAAAUUGAUCGAGGUGUACAACAAUUUUGAGGGGAUUGGAACCGUAGUUGAUGUUGGUGGUGGAACUGGAGCAUUGCUUAGCAUCAUCAUUUCCAACAAUCCUUCCAUUAAGGGUAUCAAUUUUGAUUUGCCUCAUGUCGUUCAACAAGCUCCAUCUUACCCAGGUAUAGAGCAUGUCGGAGGAGAUAUGUUUGUCAGUGUGCCCAAAGGAGAUGCAAUUUUCAUGAAGAAUGUUCUGCAUAAUUGGGACGACGAAAAAUGUGUGAAAAUUCUGAAAAACUGCAAAGAAUCUCUAUCAGAAAACGGGAAAGUGGUAAUUGUCGAAAGUGUCCUUUUGGAGAACCCCAAGAGUGGGGAAACUGCAGUGGAGUUAUUGAAUUUGCUGAUGUGGAGCUACAAUGCGGGAGGAAAGGAGAGGACAGAAGCGGAAUUUCGCAUCUUGGGAAAGCAAGCUGGAUUCCAAGGAUUCCGCGAAGUAUGCUGUGCUGCUGGUUCUUGGUUCAUGGAAUUUUAUAAUUCAAGUGCUGAAUUUCCAAUAUAAAGGAGUUCUUGAUUUUGUUUGUGUUUACCUUUUCGAUUGGAGAACAUUCUCAAUCAAUAAAAAUAAUAAGUUUGCUUUUAU